AUGCUGAAUUCUGUGUUAUUAUCUGUAUUUGGUACUAUUGGGGCAGUCUGCUGUGCCUGUGUUGCAGCUGCAGGACUAGCUGUUGCACCAAAAUGCCAAGUUAAAGGCAGAAAUUGGGAAUAUCACUUUGAGAAUAUGCCAGAAGGGAACAGCAGUUCCAUGGUGGAUAAGACUAUAUGGCCCCGCUGUGUUUUCCCUGAGAAUGUGGUUCUCUGGCACAUUGUGCUGUUCUCUAUAGCUUUGGGUCUGGGUUUGCUACAGGUGGUUCUCUGUGCGAUUCAGGUCUUGAAUGGAUGCCUAGACUGCCUCUGUGGAGACUGCUGGGACAAAAAAGAAGAUGAAGGAGGUCUGUAA